AUGUUCCAAAUCCCAGCACGAGUCCCAGGCAGAAAAAUAGCGAAAGCAAAAGGGCCUCACUGUGUAGGUGUCGAGGAUAUCGUUCAUCAACCCGGGGUGGGAUCUGUGGCUCCUUUGGGGAAUACAAAAGAGGACGACUACUAUAGAAAUGAUUCUCUGAAGUAUUGUCGACAUGAGCAAAAAAAAAAAAAAAAAAAAAAGAAAAAAAAGAUUGGAAUUCUGGCAGAGAAGUCGAGAAUAUAUAUUGGGCAGUGGUGGCCAGUGCGCCGCUGCAUUCACUCGCACGGGCCAGGUGAAGUUUUGGGGGGGGCAACCAACUGGGAGAGCAACCAGCAGAGCAACAAAGCAGGCCGGUCCUGGUGA